AUGUGUUACGUCCUAAUUUAUAUUAAGGUCUGGAAGCGGGAUAUUCCCACAGAUACCAAAGACGCUCAAAUGGAGAAGAUGCAGCAAAAAUCUAAAGUCAAAGUGGUCAAGAUGCUGAUAGCAGUGGUAAUAUUGUUUGUUAUAUCUUGGUUACCACUGUACGCCAUUUUCGCUAGAAUUAAAUUAGGUGGAGAUAUCGAACCAUGGGAGGAAGAGAUUCUACCUAUAGCUACUCCCGUGGCCCAAUGGUUAGGAGCAUCCAAUUCCUGUAUCAAUCCGAUUCUAUACGCAUUUUUCAAUAAAAAAUAUAGAAGAGGUUUUGUAGCCAUCAUCAAGAGCAGAAAAUGUUGCGGAAGACUGAGAUAUUAUGAAACCGUGGCUUUGAUGUCGUCGUCCACCAGUAUGAGAAAGUCCUCACACUUUUACAACAAUAACUCGUCAACAAGAAAAGUACCGCCCGUGCAAGACAACGCUGUCUCCUACAUAUACAACAAUACCGGGGUCUGA